CGAUCACUUGCGCUCGGACGAGUUACUUGGUCUCGGUUCGCUUUGGCGAAUUUUAUUGGCUUUCGAGAAUAAGAGUCCGAGGUUCUCGUACCUCGCCGAGUUGGCAUCGAACUCGCAUGCGAACCAAGCUUUCACUGCUGAUGACGAAAAGUCGCGAUCGACCGUUGUUCACAGCGCAACAGUGGCUUUAGACAAUUGUCGAGCGUGAAAGUAGCCCAACGGAAGAUGGCAACGAAGGUGGCAGCGUAUCAGAGCGGCGUCGACGACAACAAUAACAACGAGAGGAGCAAGUUCCAGAAUGGCAAAGUGUACAGCGAGGAGCACGAAGAGCACCAGUAUCUAAACUACAUCAAAUUGAUUCUGGAUAAGGGUGCCGUUAAGAACGACCGUACCGGCGUCGGCACCCACUCGGUCUUCGGUACGCAGAUGCGCUUCAAUCUUCGCGACGGCAAUUUCCCGCUGCUGACGACGAAACGAGUAUUCUGGCGCGCGGUCGUCGAGGAGCUGCUUUGGUUCAUCCGUGGCUCGACCAACGCCAAAGAACUGUCCGACAAAGGUAUUAAAAUAUGGGACGCCAACGCGUCCCGCCAGUUCCUCGACGUUUGCGGCUUCAAGGACCGGGAAGAGGGCGAUUUGGGCCCGGUCUACGGCUUCCAGUGGAGGCACUUCGGCGCCGAAUACGUGGACAUGCACGCGGACUACACCGGCAAAGGCUUCGAUCAGCUGAUGGACGUCAUCCACAAGAUCCGAAACAAUCCGGACGACAGGCGAAUAAUCAUGAGCUCCUGGAAUCCCGUGGACAUACCCAAGAUGGCACUGCCGCCUUGUCACUCGCUUGCCCAGUUUUACGUCCACGACGGUGAGCUAUCGUGCCAGCUGUACCAGCGCGCCGGCGACAUGGGCCUGGGCGUGCCCUUCAACAUCGCAUCCUACUCUCUGCUCACCUGCAUGCUCGCCCACGUCACGAAUUUGAAGCCCGGGGACUUCGUGCACACGAUGGGCGACACGCACGUCUAUCGCAACCACGUGGAUGCCGUGAGGGAGCAAGUAUUACGCGAGCCGCGACCAUUUCCCAAAUUGAAAAUUGUGCGCCGGGUGACCGACAUCGAGGAUUUCAAGUUCACCGAUUUCAUGCUCGAGGGAUACAACCCACAUCCCAAGCUCUCGAUGCCCAUGGCACUUUGAGCUUUCUUUCGAUUAGGGUGCUGGUUUCCAUCGCGCCUGUGUAUAUAAAUUGUAGUUCUCGUAGGCUUACCUUUUUUCAUUGACAAUUGACGUAUGCAUGCGUGCGUUUGGAAUGUAAACACUUUGUGAUUUUCAAUGUUUAGCUUCUAAGAUUAUAUACUAAGAUUUACUAAGUGUAGAUAUACUGAUCUUCCGAGAGUUUAAUAAAAAAUGCUUUGUACGAAGCUUCAGCUACUUGACAAUAAUUUGACUUUGCGU